ACCGGUCCCAGGGAUGGAGUGGGAAGAGGGACGCGGCAUCACCCUCGGUGGCCAGGCGGUAAAUCAAACCGAAGCCCGCCGACUGUAACAGUCGGCGAUGCGGAGCGGGUUGAAGAGACCUGGGGGGUUGGGGCGGGGAAGAGAUGGAAGAGAAGGGGGGCGAAGGAAGGUGGAAAUGCUGAACCUCCAGCCUUUCGCCACCAUUCAGCCCGCUGGUUGUCGAACUUUUAUGUCACGCUUAAUGAGAAAAGUGACCUCUGCAAGAAGAGACUUUGGGUCAUUUCAUUCAUCAAAUGUGCAAGAACUUCUGGGAGCCAUAAAGGCAGGGAAUUAUGUUCCCCCUACCUUGCCAUUCGAGUUGCCCAAGUUCCUUUAUCAUAACGGAAGUAUUCCAAGAUUUGGUCAGUGGAUGAGGAAAAAGCAUUUUCUACUGGAGGAGGAGACCAUAUUUAUUAACCAUGGUGCUUUUGGCAGUACUUUGAAAGAUGCUCUGGAUGUUGCUCAGAAAUGGCAGCUAUAUAUUGAAAGGCAACCUCUGCGAUUUUAUGAUAGAGAAUUGCUUCCUCAUUUGGUCUUUAUUACAAAACGAUUAGCUGAGUUUGUAGGAUGUUCUCCAAUGGAUUUGGUGCUGGUACCAAAUGUUACAAUGGCGAUGAACAUUAUUGUAAGAAGUCAGGAUCUGAAAGUGGGAGAUACAGUAUUCAUGCUAAAUGUGACCUAUGGUGCUGUGAAGAAGCUUCUCAGACAAGUUUGUGAAGAACAAGGGGCCACACUGCAGGAAGAAAGUCUGGAGUUUCCACUAUCAGGGCCUGGUCAGAUCAUUAAAAAAGUGGAGGACACUUUGCAGCCAGGGACAAAAUUGGCUGUGUUUGAUCACAUUCCGAGCAAUGCUUCAUUCAUAAAUCCAUUGGAGGAAAUCAUCAAUAUCUGCCGACAAAGGGGUACAAAAGUACUAAUUGAUGGAGCACAUGCACUUGGUGUAAUGGAUUUGAAACUCAGCUCUCUAGAUGCUGAUUAUUAUGCAUCCAACUGCCAUAAAUGGUUCUGUAGUCCAAAAGGUUGUGCUUUCUUGUAUGUUAAGCCAGAGCUGCAAAAUUCCUUACGGCCACUUGUGAUUUCACACGGAUUUGGCUUUGGCUUCAGUUCUGAAUACAUCUGGACAGGCUUGAAAGACUACACGGCUAUUCUGGCUCUUCACACUGUGUUGGACUUCUGGGAAUCUGUGGGUGUGCAAAGAAUUCAAGGAUAUAUCAAAGACCUUAUGUCCCAGGCUGUGGAUUUACUGGUCAACCGUUGGAAAACUGGACUGCUGGCCCAAAGAGGAAUGUUUGGUUCCAUGGCAUGUGUUCGACUACCAGAAUGUCUGCUUAAGGACAAUUAUGCAAAUUAUGAGCAUGCAGAGAUCAUCCAGAAUGUCCUUUACAGCCAGUAUAACAUUGAGGUGCCCAUCAAAGCAUUGGGAGGAAGGUUGUAUGUUCGGAUCUCCAUACAUAUCUACAAUGAACUGAAGCAGUACCAGAAACUUGCAGAUGCAAUUGAAGAAAUUGCAUUAAAGUAAGGCAGUUACAAGCCACCUCUCCUUCAAUUUCCCAGCAGGCUGCUGCUACUGUUCUUUCAUUAUUACCCUUGUCUAAGUGCUUGAAAUGAGAAACUACUAUUAUUGGUACUGGCAACGUCCAGUUUGGAUUGCAUGAUUAGCUGAGAUCCGGUACAUACACAGCAUCAAUAGAAUUAUAUUACACUGGUACUAUGAAUAUACUGGAUCUCCCAAUUUAUGUCAUUAAUCUGCAAUAUAGCUGAUAAUUGUGAAUUCAUACCAUUAUUUAACAACAGGAUGCCGGUGAAAAGUGGAGUUCCACAGGAGUCAGUUUUGGGACUGCAACUUUUCACUUUAUGUAUUAAUGAUCUGGAUGAACUGAUGGCAUUGUGGCCAAGUUUGCAGACGAUACCAAGAUAGGUGGAGGAACAGGUAGUGUUAUGGAGGCAGGUAAUCUGCAGAAGGACUUGGACAGGUUGGGAGAGUGGGCAAAGAAGUGACAGAUGGAAUAUAGCGUAGGGAAGUGUGGAGUUAUGCACUUUGGUAGAAAGAAUAAAGGUGUAGACUAUUUUCUAAAUGAGGAGAGAAUUCAGAAAUCGGAGAUGCAAAGGGAUCUGGGAGUCCUAGUUCAGGAUUCCCUUAAGGUUAACCUGCAUGUUCAGUCAGUAGUAAAGAAGGCAAAAGCAAUGUUAUCAUUCAUUUCAAAAGGACCAAAAUAUAAAAGCAAGGAUGUACUGCUGAGGCUUUGUAAGGCAUUGCUCAGACUGCAUUUGGGAUACUGUGAGCAAUUUUGGACCCCAUAUUUAAGGAAGGAUAUGUUGGCCCUGGAGAGGGUCCAGAGGAGGUUCACAAGAAUGAUCCCAGGAAUGAAAGGCUUAACAUAUGAGGAGUGUUUGAUGUCUCUGGGCCUGUACUCACUGGAGUUUAAAAGGAUGAGGGGGAAUCUCAUUGAAACAUUGGAUACUGAAAGGCGUGGAUAGAGUGGAUAUGGAGAGGAUGUUUCCAUUAGUAGGAUCCGAGGGCACAACCUCAGAAUAAAGGGGCAUCCCUUUAAAACUGAGCUGAGGAGGAAUUUCUUCAGUCAGAGGGUGGUGAAUCUGUGAAAUUCAUUGUUGCAGAGGGCUGUGAAGGCCACAUUAUUAGGUGAACUUAAGGCAGAAGUUGAUAGGUUCUUGAUUGGUAAGGGGGUUAAGGGUUACGGGGAGAAGGCGGGACAAUGGGGGUUGACAAAAAUCAGCCAUGAUUGAAUGGCAGAGCAGACUCGAUGGGCUGAAUAGCCUAAUUCUGCUCCUAUAUCUUAUGGUCCUAACAUUGUGGUAUAGCAAUAUAAUUAGUUGGAAUUUUAAAAGCAACUAAGUGCAAUCCAUAAAGUUUGCACAGCCAAUCUGCCCCCACAACUUCUAAGGUUUCCAGUUAUAGCUUAGUCAAGAAAGACCUUCAGAGGAUAAGUUCAAUCAAUUGUACUAAAGUGUAUGUACUUUGUUGUGCCCAGCCUGCUUUGUAUCAAUAAAUACAGUAUUGA